GUCCUGUGAGCUGACAGUCGUUGCCGGUGUGGUAGUAAGGGCUUCGGCGAAGUGUGGUGGAAGUUCCUCAACCGAGGUCCCAACAACGACAAACAACACAUACCGCGACGCGUAGGCGCCCAACAGAUCCUAUUGUCCUGGCAAGUCCCCUUGUCCUCUUCGCCUCGCGGUCUAAUAUCAACCUAACGCGACGAGAAUGUAUUUUCAGAGUCCAUCCCUCUUUGUUUUGCUUGAUUCUUGCUACGGAUAUGGCUGACCCAACCUACCCACUUUUCUCUGUCUUCGCGUUCUUGGGGUUCUUCUUAGUUCUCGUUCCUCUACCAUGGCAUUUACAAGCUUGGAAUUCAGCCACUUGUUAUUUCAUCAUCUGGACAGCUCUGGCGUGUCUGAACCAAUUUGCGAACUCCGUUGUCUGGGCCGGCAAUGCUCUCAAUAAUGCUCCUGUAUGGUGUGAUAUAUCCACACGUAUCACAAUUGCAGCAUCCGUUGGUAUACCUGCUGCUUCGCUCUGUAUUAAUCGUCGCCUCUACGUGAUUGCAAGUGUGCAAACUGCUAGGGUGACUCGCGCAGACAAACGCAGAGAUAUCUUAAUCGACACUUUGAUCUGUGUACUGUUUCCUCUAGUUGUAUUAAUCCUCGCGUAUGUUGUGCAGGGUCACCGAUUCAACGUCAUGGAGGACAUUGGAUGCGUUCAAGCGACGUACAAUACAUUACUUGCCUACUUCCUAGUGACAUGGUGGCCUCUCGUGUUGGGUGUUGUCUCGGCAAUCUAUUGCAUCCUCUCCUUGACUGCUUUUGCGAAACGCCGUGCUCAAUUCAAUGCACUUCUCGCGUCCAAAAACUCUUCCCUCACUUUUGGACGUUACUUCCGACUCAUGGCUCUAGCUACCACUGAACUCAUGCUCACAAUCCCUCUUUCUUCCUACAUUAUCUAUCUGAAUGCUACUGCUGCACCACUAGGGCCUUGGAUUAGCUGGUCAAACACUCAUUACGCGUUUUCCCGCGUGGAUCAAAUUCCUGCCUUACUUUGGCGUCAGAAUCAUCAACUUGUUAUCGCUGAAGAACUCGGUCGCUGGAUCGAUCCCGCCUGCGCCUUCAUCUUCUUUGCAUACUUUGGAUUUGCAGGUGAAGCGAGAAGGCAUUACAAGGAAGCCAUAUGGUUUGUUGCCUCUCGUUUAGGUUUCUCUCGGCCCUGGGGAUCCACCGGAAUGCAGUCGCUGCCGACAACGAUACCUUCUACACCAAAAUCCCCGUUGUCGGACUCUUUGCCCGGCUACACAGCUCCCACGUUACCACCCGUCUCGCGUCUUCACCCUCGUCCAGGCUCGCUCACCCUUGCUAUCCUCCAAGAGAAACCUCAAUACAUUAUCAUGCCCUCAUCGGAUUCGAAAUCCGACUUCGACCACAAAGAACCACUUUCUUCUUCUCCUGCCGUUUCAUUGCGUUCCUCAUCUCCUCGUAGGCCUCCAUCUCUUCAACACUCUGCGUCACCUCCAUCCCCGUCACGUUUGUCUUCACAUUCUUCACACUCCAAUAUCGACGUCCCCUCGUCGACGCUGUCACCUCGUUCGACAUCCUCGCCUGCUUAUUCAUCGUUUAGCGGAAGUGCAUAUGAUCCGUCAAUCACUGUCUCUGAGAUCGAGGCGAUGUAUCACGCGAGGAUGCCUUCGCCUUUCUAUACGGACUCAGAACCAUCUCAAACCCCCUAUCAACAUAAUUUUGCGGUAUGAGCGUGCAAGUGAAACGUCCUAUGUGUAUUCUAGAUAAUCUAUUCGCCUUCGAUUUUCUCUGUGUUCUUUUAUAAGUCGGUUGUAGCCAUAGUCGUUUGCAUCAGAAUAACAUGUUGCUCUGUGAUCCAACGAAUGUGUUCGAUGUUUAGAAUUUGCGAUGUAUAGGCGGAACGCCAUCUUUUAGUGCCAAC